CCCUGUCACGGACGGUCUCGGGCGGGCCGAAUGCCCGGCGAGGCGGCCCAGCGGUCCGUCUGGUUGGAGGGUGGUCCAAUUGUAUAUCCAAUUUGGGCAAUGCUUACACCUGUGGUAUAGUAUAAUAGUGAAGCGGUAGAAAGCUGUUUAUAGAGGUGGACGGCCGGUUGAGGGAGUAGCUCUGUGAAUUAUUGUUUCUUUAUGAGCCCAGGUUUUACUCUUUUGGGCUUGUUAUACUGUUAGAUGCUAGUGUAACUGCAAGGAUGACGACUGAGAAGAACGGCUUUAGGGUUAUCGUGGCCGGCGGUGGCAUUGCCGGACUGGCCAUGUCCCAUGCCCUGCAGCUGGCAAACAUCGAUCAUGUCGUAUUGGAAGCAUACGGAGAUGUUCGUUCGCAUGUCGGUGCUAGUAUUGGGCUAUGGCCCAAUGGUAUCCGGGUCCUCGAGCAGAUGGGCUGUUGGAAAGAUAUCAAAAACCAUUGCGCGCCAAUGGUGGACAGCUACAACCGUCUACCUGAUGGCCGGGCAAUCAGUGUCAGUCGACUUGCCGACAUGAUCAAAGUUCGUCAUGGAUACGACUUUGUCGUUUUGGAGCGUCAGUUGGUUGUCUCGUCUUUGUAUGAUAACCUUCCGGACAAGUCCAGAAUAUUAGUGAACAAAAGAGUCUCUGGAGUCACCGAGACCGAGGAUGGUGUUGAAGUCCACACUGAAGAUGGGGCGAAGUACGAGGGAGAUAUUGUUGUCGGCUGUGAUGGUGUCAACAGCACUGUUCGAGACAUUAUGUGGGCCAAUGCCAACAGAGCGAUUCCCGGUUAUAUCUCGGCGGCAGAGAAAAGAUCCCUCGCCACUACCUACGCUUGCCUGAUUGGCUUUGCUCCAGAUAUGCCAGGAAUGAGCUGUGGUGAUUGCCAUACCGUCCACAAUCAGGGAUUUUCUUUCCUCGUUAUCACUCAGCCAGGACGAACAUUCUUCUUUGUUUUUAUCAAACUGCCCAAGGUCAUUCACUGGCCAGAUAGACCACGCUUUACUGCCGAAGACGCCGAGAAAGAGGCAGCAAAGCUGUCCAAUCUACCCAUCAGCGAUACUGUUCUUUUCGGAGAACUAUGGCAGAAGCGUAUUCGCGGUCAACUGAUCGCGUUGGAAGAGGUUGUCUUUGACCACUGGCAUUUUGGUCGAAUUGCCAUUUUGGGCGAUUCAGCGCAUAAGCUAACGAUUAACCUGGCAUUUGGUGGAAACUCCGCCUUGGAAAGUACCGCCGCUCUAGUAAAUAAGCUCAAUCGCGAACUCAAAGCCAAUCCAAACCAGAAGAUGAGCAAAGAAACCCUUUCAAGAAUCUUUGAAGAGUACCAAGAGCUCCGAAAGCCACGCAUGAAAAAGGUUCUCAACCUCGCAUACCAAUUGACUCGCUUGCAAGCCUGGGACGGGUGGUUCAUGAAAUUCGUCCAGCGAUUUGUAAUUCCCUGGGUGGGCGAUGAGCGUGUCGCUGACCACUUUGCCGAUCUCGUCAAGGGGGGUAUUAAGUUGGAUUACGUGCCUCUUCCAAACCAGCCGCUUGGAACAGUCGCGUGGGAUGACGACCCUAAGAAGGAAGCUUCGCUUCCUGUUUCGAAGAAAUCGUCGUCUUUGGGUCUUUGGGCUUUGGGUCUUAUUCUGAGCUUGAAUGCGUCUUAUUAUCUUGUUUCACUGCUUCGUAGUCAAUAUGCGGUCCAGCCGGUAUGA